AGCAAGUCGUGGUGCCCCAAGAUCUACUUCAACCACAAGUGCUUCUCUGGUCCGUACCUGAGCAAGGGCCGCAUCGUGCCGAGCUGCCGCGCUGCGUCGGGCCCGGCCCCGUCACCACCUCGUCAUGAAGGAGGUUCUCUCCAUGUUCAUCAGCGUCGCCUACAAGUCGAGCCGCGUGCUCCGGGAACUUCAGCUGACGGGGAAGCCAGCCCCAGCAUGCACGAGUCCUGUGAAAGCCAAGUACAAGGGUAAGACGUACCGUGCGACAGUGGAGAUCUGUAAGAACACGGACCAGGUGGGAGAAUUCUGCCGGCAGGUGUGCAUCAGGCUAGAGUGCUGCCCCUACCUGUUCGGCCCGGACUUUGUCAACAACAACUGUCCUGAGAACUGCUCGCAGCUCACCAAGACCAAGUACACGUAUUACUACGCGCGAAGAAGCAAGCGCCCGGGUCGACCACAGGGGGCACACGAACCUCAUCGGACCGAAGGGACGGGAAGCGCAAGAAGAGGAAGCAUUGGCGCGUAAUCCAGAGGGAGGCAGAUCGCGCUCGCGGCGCAGCGGGAGAAAGGGAGAGCGGCGGAGAGGUUGAGGAGGAGGACA